AUGUCUGAAUCAAUGGAUGGUGUCUUUGACAAAGAUAAGGAUGGCUCAAAUAACCGCAGGCAAAGCCCCUCGGUUACUAGUGGUGCAAUGGACACUGACCUACCUGAAUCGAAUGCGGUCCCUGAGCAACAGCCAUCAAUAUCUGGCAAUCACCUGUCAGACCCUAAUGGCACUCCCAACACUCAGACUACAAAACAACAGCUGAUACCAUCAGUAUCGGGCCACCCCUCACCUAUCCAUGAUACCCAAAUGAUGGGUCAAGUGGGGCAAAACUAUGUCCCAGAUAUGAUGACGGCCGCGUUGGGCCCAUCUUUUCCUAAUUUUGGGCAGAAUAUGUGGGUUUAUAACCCCAAUGCGCCCUGA